GGCUUCUGAUGCCUAUCCCAAAACACACUUCAGACUGUCAGUCCGCCGGUCACGAUGCUGAAAGCCCUGCCUGUGCGGUUCCUCGCCUCGCCGGAACCCGGCGGGUGGCGCCGGCGGCCUCGCCGAGGGUCGCUGAAGCCGGUUUCGGCGGCGCUCAUGACCAACCCCGCUUACUUCGAGGUGGGCAGGUUCCUGGGUGGCUAUGGCUUCAUGAAUAUUACAAGCUACUCAUCUUCUCAAUUUGGUGAGCCUUCAAAUGUUGCUGGUAUUCAAGAUCUUGGUCUCGGAUAUUCAGCAGAAGAGAUUGAACGAUUGAGGGUCCAAGACGUUGGAGAAGGAGAAGUGACGAUUAGACUUUACGAGGGAAGGGUUGUUCAAGGCCCAUUGAGGGGAACACAGGCUGUAUUUAAGGUAUACCCUGGAGCCCGUGCUGGUGCUUCUGAAGCUGAUUUGAUGGCACUGAAUGAGCUAAGGACUCAUGCUUUUCUUCAGAGUGAUGCUAGUGACAUAUGUGACAACAUUCAGUUUCUUUUAGGGGCCUUUGAGACAGCAACUGGAGAACAGUGGCUAGCCUUCCGUGAUGAUGGGAGAUAUAGUGCUGCAGACUAUGCGAAAAUAACCAGUGAGAGGCAACUGAAAGAGCAAUCUGGAGACAUGCCAUUUUGGAACCCUUUCAGUCGAGCAUACAAAUUGGAGCUAAGGAGAUACUUUGUUCUUAAGCUGCUUAAUGGAGCUCUGAGUGGCCUUGUCCACAUGCACAAUCAUGAUAGACUGCAUCAAAGCCUUGGGCCUUCUUCUGUUGUUCUCAAUACUGUAAUGGAGAAAGAGGGACCCUAUCUAGUUCCAAGGCUGCGAGAUUUGGCAUUUUCUGUAGAUAUUGGGUAUUCAUCUGUUGGUGCUGGAGCAUUGUCAGACGGACUGUGGCGCCGAGCAUCUGCUGCAGGAGCAUCAACUCCUUUGGAGAAGCGAGCCUUUGGAAUAGCUGAUGACAUUUAUGGAGCCGGGCUGCUUAUUGCAUACAUGGCAUUUAUUCCAUUUUGUGAAGCAGGCAUUAUGGAUGGCAUUUCCUUGCAGAGACUUUUGGAGAGCACUUUCCGGCUUGACAUUUAUGCGGCAAGAGAGUAUUGUCUGGCAGAUGACCGGUUGUCGGAAGCUGUAAAUUUUCUAGAUUUGGGGGAUGGUGCUGGCUGGGAGUUGCUCCAGGCAAUGCUUGAUCCGGAUUACCGCAAGCGGCCAACUGCCGAGGCUGUACUGAACCAUAGGUUUAUAACUGGGGCUGUCUUAAGGAACUACUGACGAGCAAUUUCUGUUUAAACUACCACGGAAACAUGUAAAUAUACAAUAAACUGAGCGAGCUAAGAGCCGAUACUACAUCCUUGGAUGAACAAUGCAUGUUCACUGUUUCUCCCUUUCAACA